AAGCAGGUUUAGAUUGUGUCAAAGUGGUUCUGCCAUACAGACAGAGGAGAGAGAGAAAAGAAACGUGUCAUCGUCUUCAGACAGCGAGAGCACAGAGAACCACAAGUUAGAGACGGCGGAGGGACAGCAGGUUGCCUAUGGCUGUGUUUCCUGUUCAUCCCGUAAUGUGGUCCAGUUUGCUGGUUUUGUGGUUGCUACAGAGUGAGGCCGAGGGCCACAGUUUGGAUUUGUGUCAGAAGUAUAUGGCUGGUGAUUAUGAGCUGUCUAGGCUUAGCAUCAAGUGUUCAACAGGGCUGGAAUGUGAUGAAGAUCCUACACUCGAACAGGAAACUUUUAUCUGCCUCCUCUACCCAACUAAUGAGCUUAACUGCUCCUGGUCAUUCAACACUUCAGAGAUGGAUGCUCAGCUUACUGUUUGUAUCAGUGUUUGUGGCGACGAAACAGAAACUGACUCUACAAACUGCACUUCUGUGGAAAAAGUCGGAUGGAUGCCUUUGGCUCUCAGCGAGAAUAUAAUAGAAGAAUCAACAGUAGUCCUCCAUCUGAAUGUGUCCCAGCACAACAACUGGACAUCUUACACCUUCGUGUAUGACGUGUUGACACUAGAGCUCCUUUCUCCACCUCCGAAUAUCUCUGCAUCCUUCAGUGACAGAGUCCUGAAUGUGAGCUGGGAUCUGCCCCACAACAGACAACGUGCAAAGUCUUCCUGUUUUGAAUAUGAACUGGACAUAAGUGACCAGGAUGGACCAAAACACGUGGUGGGCAAGCAGAAUUUUAUAACACGGAAUGCAGAUCCUGCACACACCCACAGAGUGAGAAUGAGGACAAGAAUACUAAAUGAAUUUUGCGAAGGAUCACGUCAGUGGAGUGAAUGGAGUCCCACUGUCACAGUGUCGGUGGAACCAUCUGAACCGCCGGUUUGCACACUCAGUCCUCUGGUGAUCGCUUUCAUUUGUCUAGGAAUACCCAUGAUCCUCCUGGCUGUGCUGCUGUUUGUGCGCUAUCAGAGGGUCACUAAGAUCCUGUUUCCUCCAAUUCCACGCCCCCCACCAAAGUACAAAUAUUUCCUGGAAAAAAGUGAUGCGUUUAAUUUUUUCUCUUCUACCACAUCAGCUAAGCCUGAAGAAGAGAUCACCGAGGUGGAAGACACUGAGAAAAACCCUGGAAGGACAGAGUAAUGCACAAUGAAUACAUUCGAACAAAACAAAACAAAACAAACUUUUUUUAUAUCUGAAUUCAACUUCCUGAUUUUUCUGAUGUAAUAUUUUAUUUCAGGAGGCAGCACAGAUGUGUUAGAUAGAUGCAAAGGUUGUAUGUAUGUGUUUUUUUAUGUGUUUUGUAGCCUACGUGUAGUCUAUCAGGUCUAUAUAUGUAGGAGCCAAUGUGAACUUAAGAUGGUGCAACUUCAGUUUGUAGGUGUAUAGUGUGUUCUUCAUUUGUUAUUGUUGGUUGUUGCUGUUACUGCUCGUGUAAGGCCUUAAAUGGCAUUACAUUUCAUUGUAAAAAUCCAUUUGUUAUGUUGUCUUAGUUAGCUAUUGAACUAAGCACUGCGCAUGCUCACUAGGACACAGAUGUUAGAAUAGAAGUGUGGAUUAGCGGCAGAGCCAAGUGCAGUGUAAUAAGGUUUUUUGACCGUGUUGCAACUGUAAUUCAAGAUUGAUGCUGUUAUUAUCUAGCUACCAUCUACAACGUGGCUCAUCGUAGGGAUAUUUUCAUGUGUGUCUGAUCUGAGAGAAGCUCGGAUGUAUGUGGAUGGAAAUGUGACCUGGAUGAACAUGAUGGUGGAAAUAAACGCUCAAAACUACGACCUGAAAUUACGU